AUGAACACAUCAACUCGCAGUACCUCAUUUACAAUGACCAUGCCAAUGCCAAUGCCAACAUCAUCUCCAACAAUACCAACAUCGCCUCUCCUACCAUCAGCACCCGAAUUUCAACCAAAUGAAUUCACGCAGUUUUUCAAGGUUCAAGACGCAAACACAUCUCUUCCGUAUCCAACAAUACGACAACAUUGUUAUUACCUCAGACUUGACAUAAAACGAGAUUGGAAUGCCGAAUAUGCUUCGAAAGAUUCUCAAAAAUUUCUUGAGUUGGCAGCUGAAGUUGAAAAUGAGCUGAAAGUAUUACUGACUGUGGAUUCAUCAUUUAAAAUAUUCCUGAUUCAUGCACAAAAAGAUCGCUGGUCACACAGACGAAUUUUACUGACUUUUGUCAUGCAAACGAUGGUUAAUUUUGCGAGUGAAAAGUUUGAGAAUCUAUUGCGAGAGCAUGUAAAGAAGGAAGAGAAAAUAAUAAAUGAGCGAGCGUAUUUGAGAGACUUAAAAGUGAGAAAAACUUCGUAUGCUGAGUAUGAGCAUUUGGUGAAGUUUGGAUGUAAUCCGUGUACUGUUUGUGAUCAAGUACUUAAGAAGCACAGGAAGAUAAAUGUGAACCAUCCGUCCGUGAAAACUGACAUUUUGUCAUUCUUAGUUGUCAUGCUGUCUCUUGGACUGUGCUUAACUAUUGCUUUACUUGUUUUAUUGAAAUAAUAAUUUUAUGAUGCAUUUUUGUACUUUUUUUAUUGAGGAUACUCAGGGGCCAUUCACUUAUUACGU